CAAUCCAAGCUUAAAAUCGGUCCGAUUGAGGAUCUUGUGCCCAGCAGAACACGACUUCACUUUGCCCAGCGCUGUGGAAGGAAGUUGCCCAUGCUGUUCGUCGCCCUGUUCUUCGAGAGCAUCUGCUUCCCCACCAUUGUCGCUUUGGGCAUGCGCGGCCUCGGCAAGCACAGCAAAAGCGGCUCCGGCUUGAUCGUUGCGGGUGUCAGUGGCGGGGCCGUUGUGCCGCCUCUUCUUGGAGUCACAGCGGACAUGCGAAGUACCGCUUUUGCUAUGGUGGUACCGCUGUGUUUCUUCCUCUCGGCGUGGACCUACCCUCUUGCCGUCAACUUCAUCCCGCGUACCGCGUCCCGGCCGACAAGUUCUCGACGACUGAAGUCGGCAUCCAGCCCGUUGCCCACUCCGAAAGCAAGGAAGUCGGUAGCUCUGCAAAUGAUGGGUCGGGCAGCGACGUGGAGAAGGGCGAGACUGUCAGGGUGGAAGACACUACAGCGGGGAGCCAUCGAUCACAAAGACUGGACUCGAGGCUUAUCCCUAGGUUAUGGUCACUCCAACCACAUGCAUAGCCGCUAGUACCCAAGUUACUCUCGCAGACGUCGAUCCCAUCACAUCCCUUAAACCGCCGCAUCCCUCUUCGCAAACUCCCUCGCCAACGCCUCAAUACUCUGCACCACGCGCGCAAACUCCUCCCUCUGCUCCCCCUCCACACCCUCCGCACCCUCCGCACCCCCCUCCUCAGCAUUCGCCCACUGGAUGUCAAACGUCGUC